UUAUUAUGCGAACAGCCACUGUUCAUCGCAAGACCAGUGAGACAGACAUUCAAGUCUAUCUCAAUAUUGAUGGCACAGGAAUUGCCCAGCUCGAUACAGGUGUUCCUUUUUUGGACCAUAUGCUCGAUCAAAUCGCUCGUCACGGGCUCAUGGAUCUCACCGUUAAGGCUAUGGGGGAUACCCAUAUUGAUGACCAUCAUACAGUUGAAGACGUUGGCAUUACUAUAGGACAAGCCUUUUCACAGGCUUUAGGAGAUAAAAAAGGAAUUUGCCGUUAUGGCAUGGCUUAUAUUCCGCUCGAUGAAGCCUUAUCUAGGGUUGUGCUCGAUUUUUCAGGAAGGCCAGGUCUUGAGUUUCAUGUGCCUUUUACCCGAGCGCGAGUGGGCAAUUUUGAUGUCGAUUUAUUGGUUGAAUUUUUUCGAGGUUUUGUCAAUCAUGCGGGGGUGACCUUACAUAUCGAUAACCUGCGAGGCUAUAAUGCACAUCACCAAUGCGAAACGGUUUUUAAGGCCUUUGCCAAGGCUUUGCGCAUGGCUUGUACGAUAGACGAACGUGCUAGCUCACACAUUCCAUCAACAAAAGGUCUCUUGCUCUUCAUGAGGCUGCUCAACGUGUUGAGGGGCAGUUCUCAAUUAUUCUGGCGCAUACCCCAGAAGAUAUUGAAAAAUCCGACAAAUUACUUCUUCCAGGUCAAGGAGCCAUGCCUGCAUGUAUGGCACAUUUACAUGCAUCUGGCAUGGAAACACAAACCUAUCUUUGGGGUUUGUGUAGGACAACAAAUGUUAUUUGAGUCCAGCCAAGAAGGUGGAGCGACUUGUUUAGGGGUUUAUCGAGGUACGGUUGAUCGGUUUGCCAUCAGCGAUACGCUCAAAGUACCGCAUAUGGGAUGGAACCAAGUCAAACAGGUACAAAAUCAUCCAAUGUGGGCUGGGAUAGCUGAUUUGGCUAAUUUUUAUUUUGUUCACAGUUAUUAUGUUCAUCCAUGUGAUGAACAGAUUAUUUUAGGAUCGACCCAGUAUGGUGUUGAUUUUGCGAGUUGUGUUGGCAAAGACAAUGUUUUUGCAACUCAAUUUCACCCAGAAAAAAGUGCGAUUGAUAUUAAGGAUGGCAAAUGUGUUCGCCUUGUGCAGGGAGAUAUGGAUCAGGUGACCAUUUUUUCUGAGGACCCCAUUGAAAUGGCUCUUAAAUGGGUUGAUUUGGGAGCAGAGCGUCUGCAUUUGGUUGAUUUAGACGGUGCUGUUGCUGGAAAGCCGAAAAAUGAAGGUCUCAUCAAAGAGUUAAUUGCUGAAAUUGGCGAAGAUUUCCCCAUUCAGUUAGGGGGGGGGAUACGCAACUUAGACACCAUCGAAAGUUAUCUCAAUGAUGGUCUCUCUUAUGUCAUUAUUGGUACGGCAGCGAUUAAAAGCCCUGGUUUUUUACAAGACGCUUGUUUGGCUUUUCCACGGCAAAUCAUUGUCGGUUUAGAUGCCAAAGAUGGCAAAGUCGCUACCGAUGGGUGGAGUAAAAUGACAGGUCAUGAUGUGAUUGAUUUGGCCAAAAAAUACGAAGACUAUGGUGUUGAAUCCAUUAUUUAUACCGAUAUUGGUCGAGAUGGGAUGUUGCAAGGCAUUAACUGGGAGGCCACAUUACGUUUGGCCGAGGCUGCUGACAUUCCUGUGAUUGCUAGUGGCGGUUUAGCCGGCAUGAAAGAUAUUGAAAUCUUGUGUGAACAUGGUCAAACCCGCAUAGAAGGGGUGAUUUGUGGUCGGGCGAUUUAUAGUGGUGAUUUAGAUUUUGCUAAAGCACUAGACUAUGUAUCUGAAAAAAUGGCA